AUGACGGCCAAGAUGGAGACACCUUUCUACCACGACGACUCUCCCGCUGUCUCCGGCUACAGCCACAUCGCUGAGUACGAGCGUUACCCAGGAAACAAGAUGCUGAUGAGUAAGAAGGCCAUGUCAGUGGUGGGCAGUCAUCACUUCCCUGGUGGUGGCGCCGCAGGAGGGAGGGGCGGGAACCCCAGCAACUUGGGGCUUGGCGGGAACAGCUCCCUGAUGUCGUCUGCUGCUUCGGCAGCGUCUCCGGGGGACAUGAACCUACUGAAGCUGGCGUCGCCCGAUCUGGAGCACCUGAUCAUUCAGACCAAUCAGGGACUGGUCACAACCAGCCCUGUGUCCAACUCCACCAACCCCUUCAUUUACCGCAACCAGGCCACCAACGAGCAAGAAGGAUUCGCCGAUGGCUUCGUCAAAGCACUGGCUGACCUUCACAAGCAGAACCAGCUGGUCGGAGGCGGCCCCAUGUCCCCGUCCUCGUCCUGCUCUGUUUCCCUGCAGGCAUCCUACCAGAGGAACCUGAUGUCCACCGCUGACCUGCCCGUUUACACCAACCUCAGCAGCUACAACCAGGGCCAGAUGCCUUAUUCUGGAGGCCAGAUAGCGUACUGUGGCGGGUCAGGACACGGUGGACCACCUCAGCCUCACACCCGAGGCAUGGAUGCCCCUCAGACAGUCCCUGAGGUGCCUCACCCAUCAGGUGACCCCAUGUCCCCUCCAUCCCUCUCCCCGAUUGACCUAGAGACGCAGGAGCGAAUCAAAGCUGAACGCAAGAAGCUCCGCAACCGCAUCGCUGCGUCUAAGUGCCGCAAGAGAAAGCUGGAGCGGAUAUCGCGGCUGGAGGAGAAGGUGAAGGUCCUGAAGACCCAGAACUCAGACCUGGCCUCCACCGCCUCCAUGUUGAGGGAGCAGGUCACUCAGCUCAAACAGAAGGUCAUGAGUCACAUCACCAAUGGCUGCCAGAUCACUGUCGGCUCCGCUGCCGCCACCAGGUCUGGAGGUGGAGGAGGAGGGACGGGCAGCGAGGACUCCAGCUGCUGAGGAAGACGGACACAGGGGGAAUUAAGUUUCACUCGUGCUCUUGGUCAGAGCGAGCAGACAGCGAGCAGCUCGGCGUCACCGGACAAGAGGACGUUUGAGGGAUUUAUGCUGCCUGACGGUCCCGCUAAAAGCACUGUCAAUCAUGGAGCCAGAGGAGGCAGAGCUUGGA